UCUAAUCCAAAUCCAAUAGCAAAAAUAUCUCGUUAUUCUCUUGAAAGACAGUCUUCAGAGUGAUUCCCUUAACCCUAGCUCAAUCUUCUAGAAGCCCUCUUUUCUCUGCGCUCUCGCUUAUUUUGGGGGAGAAUUUUUUAUUUCGAUUGUUUUUGCUCAGUUGAAAUAGGAAGAUGUACGGUCAAGAAGGAGAUGGAGGUUAUGGCGGUGGUGGAUACGGUGGUUCCGAAGGCGGAGGAAGCUACGGAGGUUAUGGCGGUGGCGGAGGUGGAGGAUACGGUAAUCGAGGAAGCGGUGGAGGCUACGGUGGAAGAGGCGGUGGCGGCGGCGGUGGUGGUGGAUACGGAGGUGAUAGAGGUGGUGGAGGUGGUGGGUACCAGGGAGAUCGCGGCGGUGGAUACCAGGGUGAUCGCAGCGGUGGAUACCAAGGGGACCGUGGUGGACGUGGUGGCGGUGGUGGUAGGGGAGGUGGUCGGGGUGGUGGAAGCGGCAGGGAAGGUGAUUGGCGCUGUCCCAAUCAAAGCUGCGGGAAUUUGAACUUUGCCCGAAGAACCGAGUGUAACAAAUGUGGUACACAGUCUCCUGCUGGUGGUGAUGACCGUGGGGGUAGAGGUGGUGGUGGUGGUGGUCAAAGUAGAGGUGGAAGAGGCGGAGGUUAUGAAAACAGCAGAGGUGGAAGAGGUAACUAUUAUGAUGGUGGCAGUGGUCGCAGUGGAAAUGGUUACGAGGGUGGUAGUCAAGGAAGGGAUGAUGGUGGUUAUGGACAGAGCCCUCCCAUUGCUCCCCCUUCUUAUGGUGGUGCUGGUGGUUAUGCACCCCCGAAUGCAUAUGGUGGAAACCAUAGUUAUGCUCCUGAUUCAGUCCCUCCACCUACAAGUUAUACUGGGGGAAAUAAUUCACACCCUCCAUCAUAUGGUGCCCCGGCUGGUUAUGGUGGCGAUAGUCAAGGUGGAAACCGUGGAGGUGGAAGAGGGGGUUCAUCUGGUGGAUAUGGUGGAGGUCCUCGAAACCCAGGUGGUUAUGGCAGUGCUCCAGCAGAGGUUCCUGAAAAGGUCAAGCAAUGUGACGAAAAUUGUGGGGAAUCUUGUGAUAAUGCGAGAAUUUACAUAUCAAAUUUGCCUCCAGAUGUCACCACUGAUGAGCUCAGAGAACUGUUUGGAAGUAUUGGCCAAGUCGCCAGGAUCAAGCAAAAACGAGGCUACAAAGACCAGUGGCCCUGGAGCAUCAAAUUAUACACAGAUGAACAAGGAAAGAAUAAAGGCGAUGGAGUUUUAUCUUAUGAAGAUCCAUCUGCAGCACAUUCAGCUGGAGGUUUCUUCAACUCGCAUGACAUGAGAGGACACAAAAUUAGUGUCACAAUGGCUGAAAAAUCUGCUCCAAAAGCUCCCUCAUAUGGUGGCGGUGGCGGCGGUGGUAGAGGCAACUAUGGAGGUGAUAGACGGAGAGACAACUAUCGAGAUGGUGGUUCAUCUGGUCCAGAUCGAAAUUAUCAUGGCGGAAAUCGUUCGCGUCCAUACUAGACACACCAGAAGGGAUAUUAAUGUACUAGUCUUAAUGGUGGGAGGGGUUUUUAUUUUUAUUCCGUAAGCGGAUUUGUUCUCUAACUGGAGAUAAGAGGUAGGUUGUUCGUUGCUCUGAACAAUAUACUUGUUAGCACCUUGGUGCGGAGUUAAGGAUUGAUAUGAACUGUGUGAAUGUUUUUAUAGAGGGAAGUAGAUUCUCCAAAUUGCUGCUACUAAAGGUAGGUUGAACUUAUCAGGUGAGUCAUGAGUGUUUCUUACUAUGUUGAACUUUAAUUUUGUGGUGCAGCUUUCUCGUAUCUGCAUCAUUUCUAUAAACAAGUAUGUUCUGAAAGUUUUGCGCAAAACUGCUUUGAACUUCUAUUUUUCUUAUUCAUUUUGCUUUCUUAUUUUUGUGCUGGCUCCUGCGCACAUAGCCAAAACUGUGGAUUUAUCUGAGUGUGGAAUUAACUUGUAAUGCUCUUAUGUUGUUUUAGCCUACUAUCUCUUACUAUUAGAACUUUGAACGUGAUGUCUGGCUUACGUAUAAACCGCAUUAAUUUGUUCUUAGCCCAUUUGCUUGCUUAGGUCCGUCUACUUUCAUUGGUUUAGAUUUUGCCGUUUCCUGACAUAAUAUGAGGUUAAUCGGGCUAUCUUAAACCCCACUCCUGCAUAUGCUCUCUGUGGCUGGCUGUUAUAGUUGAUCGGAGAACUAGUCGUGCCUUCCAGAACUUAUGCAUUGGGAAUGUUUGAUGAACUGACAUCCAGUUUGUGCAACUUUGCUAGAAGAGUGCUACUGUCCCAUUAUUCAGGAACAUUACCCUCCGGUGUUUGAUACUCGAUUUGAGAAUGGCUUAAAAUGACAUGACCUCAUCCUUAGUUUUGAAAAGAGGCCUAUGCACCUUAGUGUUUUCUCGAGAUUGCAUACAGGAGCUUCCACCUUUCAUAGAUUCGUGGGAGAAAUAGAUUUAGAAAAACAUGUGUGUAAAAAACACUUUUGAAUGAGUUGUUUUGAUACUGCGUUUUCGAAUUAUUUGUCUUAUAUAAUGUUUAUUUUGGUA